AGUCCUAUUAAUAUACUAUCUCUCCCUGGAGCUCUGUUACUUCAUUUUCUCCACCUUUCUUCUCCUCAGAUUCCUUUAGCCUUCAAAAGUUUCAUAUAAAGAAAAAAAAUAGAGCUUUCUUCUCUUUCAUUGUUCCUUUACACAGCAUUGCAGCUUUUAAUAAACUAAAUGGGGAGACAUUCUUGCUGUUACAAACAAAAGCUGAGAAAAGGGCUUUGGUCUCCUGAAGAAGACGAGAAGCUUCUCAAUCACAUCACCCAUCAUGGCCAUGGCUGCUGGAGCUCUGUCCCCAAACUCGCUGGUUUGCAGAGAUGUGGAAAGAGUUGUAGAUUGAGAUGGAUCAAUUACUUGAGACCUGAUUUAAAGAGAGGAGCUUUCUCUCCAGAGGAAGAGAAUCUCAUCGUCGAGCUUCACUCUGUUCUCGGAAACAGAUGGUCACAGAUUGCGUCUAGACUUCCGGGAAGAACCGACAACGAGAUCAAGAAUCUAUGGAACUCUAGCAUAAAGAAGAAACUGAAGCAAAGAGGCAUUGACCCGAACACACACAAACCCAUCACCGAAGCUGACAACAACAAACCAACAAGAGGCAGCAACAACGACCACAAGUCUCCUAGCUCCUCUGCUGCAACUAACCAAGACUUCUUCCUGGAAAGGCCAUCUGAUUUCUCAGACUACUUCGGUUUUCAGAAGCUUAACUUCAACUCCAACCUUACACCUGAGUCUUCACUCUGCUCCAUGGUUCCGGGGCAGUUUAGCCUCGGAAACAUGGUUGGUUCUGUCUUUCAGACACCCGUUUGCGUAAAGCCUUCGAUUAGUCUUCCUCCGGAUAACAGUUCGAGUACUGUCUCCAGAGGAGACCAUACAGCAUCUAACUGGGAGUUUCAGACAAACAACACUUCGAACUUCUUCGAAAAUAGCGGUUUCUCAUGGUCAAUCCCUUCUUCUUCAGUAACCAAACCUAAUCCUAACUUUGAAGAAGUGAAAUGGUCAGAGUAUUUGAACACACCGUUCUUCAACGGAAGCACGGUACAGAGUCAAAGCUCUCAGCAGAUCUACAUCAAAUCAGAGGGAGAGUACUUAGCCAAGGUUUCGAACAUUACAGAUCCUUGGAGCCAAAGCCAGAACGAGAAUUUAAGCACACCCGAAGCUAGUGACGUGUUCUCCAAGGAUCUUCAGAGAAUGGCCGUCUCUUUUGGUCAGUCCCUUUAGCUUUUCUUUUAAUUCUAACAGAUGUAUAGAACAAAAACAUAUACCAUAUACACAUACGUAGAGUGGAGCUAAGUGUUCUGUAUAUUCAUGGGGGUGAAAAUUGAGCUGUCUUUUAUUUGUUAAGUGUGUUUUAUACGUCAAUUCUUCUUCUAUCUUAUGCAAACCUUUCAGUCUCAUAGUACUAUAUAUUCAUUUAUUUUU